CGCGCUUACAAAUUCUCGACUUUUAGAUUUCUAUUAAUUUAUUGACUGAUCAGUACGCGAUUUUUUUAGUUAUCGGAAAAAUUCAUAAGAUCAACUUCCCUGAAAGAUUUUCAAGAUUCAAAUCCCAUAAAUAUUUAAAACGUAAUUUGAAGUCUAAAGUUUGAGAAUUUUUUAUUUAUGGCCAAGCCUUAAAAACGGGGAUCGAAAUUCCUAGAAUCAUACUUACCCUGUUUAAAAGUAUUGAUUGAAAAAAAUAAAAAAAAAGGUGAAAUUCGAAUUCGUUUUAAUAAUUUAAAUUCUUUUGUUUGUAUAUAUAGAUGUGCAGUUUGCAUGGAGUGACCGCUUCUCAAUUCUUUUCAAUCAGUAUUUUAACCAGCGUAGAGAAUUCACUUGUUUGUAAAAAAAAACAAAAAUGGCGGGUUCCUGAUUAAAAGAAACGAUUGCAAUAAUCGUUUUAAAUCAUUUAUUCUAAUAAGGGAUGGGAGCGUAAAGUUGGAGAGAGUCUUCUGUACUCAAAAAUAACAAUAAUUUUUUAGACAUUGUUAAAUAUUAUUAUCAAGUUUCCCAAGUGAAAAAAUAUAUAUCCUGGCAAAAUAGUAAAUAUCCGGCUUAUAUCUUUAGUAUUGUCGUAUGUAUGCUAUUUUGCCGGCAUCUAUUCCCCGAUAUAUAUUCUUCCGUGUGUUCUAUAAUACUAUUAAAUAAUAGAAAAGAUCUGAAACAUGAAGGUUAGACUCAACCAGCGUCAGGAACGAUCUCUCAAUGUCGUUUUUGUCUGGUUUUUGGGACUAGCCACAGCUUUAAACAAAACACACUAUAAACAACACAUAUUUAUGAUAAAUAUAGGAAAAAUUUGUAAAUAGAUAUAUCUGCGUACAAUCGUGGACAUAAAAAAGGCUCCGAACUGCUGACAUCAAUGCAAAUGUCCAAUUUUCGUUGCCAUUCUUAUUAUAUGGAUGGUCCCAAAUUGAUUGGACUUUGGGCUCAUUGGUGAAAGUGACGUAGCCAUACGACACGCUUCAUUAUUUUAUAAAUUUCAUGAACCUAUCUGUUUAAGUUUCGUUUAAUGUUCAAACCUUGAUUAUGACCAGCAGAGUCUUUUUGAAUUUAUACCUUUGAAUAAUAACUUUGUUAUGAAUUUAUAUCAAAGAUAAGAUAAGAAAUAUAAAACUACAGAGUCUAAUAUACCGGUCUAAUAUAGUGUUUUCAACAGAAAUUCUACCAAUGGAAUCGAAUAAAGUAGUAGAUAUGCAGACAGAAGAAGAAACGGAACUCAAUGAACCCAAUCGGAAGAAACAAAAAGUGUCCGAAUGUCCUUUUAAAAGUAAUUUUAAAGUAAAUGAUUCGGUAGAGAUAGCGAAUGAAUGGGAAGGAGUCGAUGAUGAUCUGUCCAAACAAUGCAGUACUGAUGGAGAGUUAUUGGACAAUGAUAAUGAUAAGUCUCAUAAUAAGAAAGUCGGUGAUAAUAGUAAUGAUCUUGAUGAAAAUGAUGUACCUGAUUCAGAAACUGAUGAAGGCCCUUCUCAUGAUGAUUUAAGACAGUUUGAUGUACUUGAUGAUAUUGACCAUCAUUCAGAUCAAGAUGAGUCAAGAUGUGAUUCUGAUAGUAAUUACAGUAUGGAUUCUGAUGUUCCGGAUGAAGAAAUCGAAGCUAUGUUAGAUGAAGGUCUCCCGGAUGAAUUCAAAGGUAAAAGAAAAGAUCGAGCGGACUGUAUGCCUUAUGAAGAAAAGGAAAAACUUGUCUUAGAUGAAAUCGGGCACAAUCAUUUUGAUGCUUUACCAGAAGGUUGGGUUCAAGUGACACACAACAGUGGAAUGCCCUUGUAUCUGCAUAAACAAACUAGGGUUUGCACCUUAGCAAAACCAUAUUUUCUUGGUCCAGGAAGUGUGCGUAAACAUGAAGUACCAGUGAGUGCAGUGCCUUGCUUACAAUACAGGCGAGCGCUAGAAGAGGAAGAAGAGGAAAAAAGAAAAGAAAUAGAACGUAAAUCAAGCGGCGUCGAAGCUUCGAAAUUGCCAAGUGCUAAAAUAGAAACUAUUCAAGAAAAUCUAGCCAAUCAUUCACUUGACAGCGAACGACUGCGGAAAUAUUGCCAAUCGCUUUUCAGAUUUAAAACAAUUAAAGUUAUGAGAUUUCAAUCAUGGUCAGCGCGACGUAAAUUCACAAAAAAUAAAAAAAACCGUAAACAAUUAGAACGCCCGACAUUACCAGACGGUACGAAAUUAAUAACAUUUCCAAUUGGCAGUGGAACAAAUUCAGGAAGUGGAAGCUCUGGUGCUGGCGAUGAUAAUGUUAGUCAACGACCACCAAAACAUUGGAUAAUGAACCCGUCAGGCAAAAGUUUUGUGUGCAUUUUGCACGAAUAUGUACAGCAUGCUUUGAAAAAACAACCCACGUACAAAUUCAAAGAACUAGAAAAUGCCGCAACACCGUAUUCAGCAAUCGUUUGUAUCAAUGAUAUGGAGUAUGGCAGUGGUUUUGGCAGCAGUAAAAAACAAGCUAAGGCUAACGCGGCUCGAAAAACACUAGAAAUAUUGAUACCGCAGAUGCGUGACAAAAUAUCGGGUGAAAUGGCUGAGGACAAUUCAGCUAACGCUGGAAGGACAAUAAAAGCAUCGCGCAAUAAUUCGGAUGCUGACUUAUCAUUCUUUGACGAAAUUUCUAUAACUGAUCCACGCGUUGCUGAAUUUUGCGCUAAAACAACUGAGCCGUCACCUCAUGCUAUUUUAAUAACGUGUUUGCAAAGGAAUUUCGGACUUGGUGAUAUGCAUAUAAAUUAUUCUGUAAAUACUUUGAAGCAUCAGCGAAAUGAAUUUACUAUGAGAGUCGGCAAACACGAGGCAACAGUUAUUUGCAGAAAUAAAAAAGACGGGAAACAGCGAGCAGCACAAGCAAUUUUACAACUUCUUCAUCCUAGUAUUCCAUCAUGGGGUUCACUUUUGCGUCUUUACGGCUCGCGUAGUGUCAAAUCAUUCAAAGAAAAGAAACAACUUGAACAAGAGAUAACCCUAUUACAAGGCAAAGCCGCCGUCAAUCAGCCAAACCAUGCCAUUCUAGAAAAGCUGCGACAAGAAAUGAGAAAAUUAGCAGAACAACGUCAAGCAGUACAACCCAUCGGUAAAUUUAUAUCAUCAGACCUUCCCACUGGAUCUGCUGCCAAUUUGAACAAUGUUAAUUUAUAGUAUUUUGAAUCCUAGAAAAUUUAUUUCUAAGCUACAUACAUUAAUCGAAAAAAUUAAUAGAGGUAAAAAUUGUAUGAGUGAUUCACGUGAUUGUUUUUUUUUACACUUGUUGAGAUAUUUAUCUCAGUAUAAGAAUUACUUGGAAUCAUGCAGAUUUUAUUUAUUUAGUUUUUUCUCUUCUACCACAUUUUUAGUAGUAAUCCGUCUUACUUCUAAAAGUUAGUAGAAUAUUUUAAUAUUUUUUUUUUUCAAGUCAUUUUAAACAAAUCAGUAGUAUUAGAUAAAAAUUAUUAUUAUAAUAAUGGAAUAUAGUAUUGAUUAUAUAAAUUGGGUAAACUACUAUUUAUUAUAUAUUUAAAAAACAAAAUCAAAAAGACAUUUUUUGUUUAGAAUAAUUUAUUUCUUUCAUUAUAAGAAUGAAUCAACAAAUUAGUAUAUUACACACCUAGGGAGAAAAGUAGGAAGUUCGAACCCACGUGUUUGCCAUGCUCGUCAUUGGCUCGAUAUCUUCCUCUCUUGGUGUGAAAUUUACUAUUUCCUUGUAUCAUUCUUAUACUAUAAGUAAUAAAUAUAUAUAGCAAUUAAAAUUGAAUGUAUUACUAUAUUUAAAAAUAAUAGGAAAAAAAUAAAGCAAUUUACUAAUUAUUUUGUUUAAGUUAUCGUUUAAGAAAUCGAAACGAUUCUUCGAUUCAUGAUAAACAAAAGAUAUGUCUUUGAUUUUUUUAUUAAUGCCAAAAGUGCUUCACUGUAAACACAUUAUUAUAACUAAUUAACUAACUAACAAACAGAAAGUAAUAAUUACUGCCUCUGAAAUUUGUUAUUACGCAAAUCAUGUAUUUCUCACAGUUGCCAAUAUUUAAAAGCCUAAUGAAUCACAAAAAUAAAAUAAUUUUUUUCUACUAUAGUCAUGUAAUAGUUAAUUUUUUCUAUAAAUGUAAUGCUAUGAGAAUUAAAGGAAGCUAUCAUUAAAAAACAAUUCUAUUAAUAAUUUUAUUUCUGAAACAUUUUACAUUACCGUGUUAUAAAACUAUUGUUAUUUUCCCUGUUUAACGAUAAUUUUACUUUUGACUAAAUCUCAAGUGAUUACAUGUCAUGUAGAAAAAAAAAAGAAGAAAAGAUUUAUUUCAAAAGUUAAGCCUGCAAAAGAAUGACUUUUUUCCACUAUUAGGCUAUGAAGUCCAUUUGCAUUAACGCACAUGCGCAGUAAUGAGUUAAUCAUAGAAAAAUGGUGACAGACAAGAUCAUUCUUUUACGGACUUUACUAUAAAUCUAUUAAUAUAAAUCGUAGCUAUCACAAUAUUAGUUAUGAUAUGAAAUAUAGUAGUGUUGAAAUAAAACUAUUUUUCUGUUCUUUUGUUUCUAAGAAAAAUUCUUGAAAAUUAGGUCUCUCGGGCCGUCAGCUGGUGACUUAAAUGCUUGUCAUAACCUAGUUAAUUAACGCCUGCAAAAAUACUAUUUUAUGUUAACCUUAAAAUAGGCAACUCUUAAAUAUUUUAAAAAUCCUGGAUUUCAGAAAGUUCUAAAUUUAUUCAAAAUCGUUAUUGGAAUUAGAUUUGG